CAGUUGCUUCUAUGGCAUCUUCAACUAAGGGAUCGACGACGGAACUUGCUUCUUCUGAGGUUGUAUCUACCGCGGUAUCAUCUUCAGUGAUGACUUCCUCUGUAUCGAGCUCCUUUAUUUCCGCAUCUACAGCAGCCUCGUCCGAUGUUACUUCUUCCACGGCUACUGAGACAAUCUCUUCUUCGCUGGAAACAUCUACCAUUCUCUCUACGAUUACAUCCACAUCAGAAACUUUUUCUACGACCACCUCUACUGAUGCCACGUCGACAAUCUCUUCCAUGGGAACCUCAAUUGCUUCUUCUUCCGAAGUCUUUUCAUCUGCCACUUCAUCGGAGGCUACUCCGACAGAGACCACUUCGACAGAGACUCAGACUGAAACCUCGACAGCUGUUACGGCUUCCUCAGCGUAUUCUAUACCUACGGAAACCUCACCAGCUGUAGUCUCUACGAGUGAGUCUUCCACGACAAUCACGUCCAUAGAUGCCACUUCUACGGAAGUGUCUUCAGUAGCCACUUCCACUGCCUCUCUUUCAACAACGGCUAUUUCGACGGAAGUUACGCCCACAGAAACACUGCCUGAGUCUUCGACGGAAGCACCCUCGGAAACCUCAUCACCAACUUCGACAGAAACCCCAGUAGCCAGCCCCACCGAGACAACUUCAGCAGCAAUAACCACAUCCGAAGCUUCCACAACCAUCACCACCACAGCAGCACCCACGCACACAAGGCCCCCAACCGUGACAAACCCCUCAUGCCCCUCAUCAGACGGUGAUCUCUUCGUUGCAGACAACGGGGUUGUCUUCCAGUUCAACUGCGACGUUUUCCAGUAUACUGGUUAUGUAGCGGUGUAUAGGGCCCAAAACAUCCGGAGUUGUUCGCAGAUGUGUUCGAACACUGCGGCUUGCGUUGCCUGGACGAACGGUGCUGCGUGCACUUUGUGGAGCAGUGCUGUAGUCGCCUCUUCGGCUUCGUUGUCGGGUAACCAGGGUGCCGGUGUUCGGUAUGUGGAGGAUUAGCAGGGCGCUAAAUGGCAAGAUCAUGAG